AUGGCGCCGAGAUAUCAUACUGACGCUUGGCUAGUUCUCUUUACUGCGCUCUCUCAACGCCGCAACCUCUUGUUUGUUGCGUACAGCCAUCAGAUCUAUGUCUGGGAACCAGCCGGGUCAUUUCAGACCCUUGGUUCCAAACCCGAGAUGAAGAUCACUCCAGUGAUGAAAGAUCCUUAUAGUGAUGGUUACAUAUCGCCAGCCACGCCACAUGCAAUCAACAAUAUCCUUGUAGAUGAUUUGGGCCGCGAGGAAGUCCUCCUUCUUGUCACUGAUUCUGGAAACGUCUGUGGCUACCGUGUUGAGGCUAUCUACUCAGCGUUGAAGAGAGCCGCAGAGAACAAGGAAGAACGCCCACUGGACGGCUCCCAAGUGGAUCCUUUCUUUGUCGAGUAUGUCGAUGCCAGCGCUUGGGGCCUGGCCAUUCACAAGUUCGCCCGUCUUAUUGCUGUAUCGGCGAACACAGGCCUCAUAACCGUCUUUGCGUUUGCGCUGGUCAAUCCCGCAUCGACUAAGAGCGACGACUCGGACCACCACUAUGCGGGGGAUGAAGGGAAUGGCGAUGGUGACUUUACCGAUUAUGGCCAGACUUGGCUGCAUAUCAAAAAUAACGAUCAGUUUGCCCAACUCCGCCAUCUGAUGCCAGAGGAACACCGCACGCGGAACAUCAAGUUGACAUACACGGGGCACUUCUCCAACAUCCCCUCCAUCUCUUUCCUGAACUGCGAUCUUGACCCGAAUGGGACCUGGAUGGUCAGCACUGAUAUCGACAAUAAGCUUUUGGUGUGGAAGAUCUGGGAGAGCCUCGGACCGUUUAAUGUGUAUCACUUCAACGAUAUCACAUUCAAAUCCUUUCCCCAGACACUUCGCAAUGAGUACGCACCCUGUUUUUCCCUUUAUACUCUUUUUAUCUCUACUGACGGAUUCAGUAGCGAACGUGGCUGGUCGGUCAUAGCUCUCGACCCACGAACCUUCCACCUCGUCAAAUCUACAGAGCAAGCGUGUGGCGGUCAACCACAACGCCGGCUCAAGAACGGACAAGCGGUUCUUGAUUUGACAAAGCUCAGGAACCGAGUUCCGAAUGCGUCUCGUCUUUACAACUACUUCCCUCCUGCAGCCAAGACAGAGCCAGACCAGGCUGUCUUGCCGGACAUCUUUGAUGCCGAUUGCUGCAUCAACAGUUCCUCAACUGCCAAUCAUCGGUUCUCUGACAAUCCCUCGGCGUCGAAUGUCACCAUGCCCGAUGCACAUCAACCCAAUGUCGACACUCGAAAUCUCCGUCCUUCAAAUUCAGCCGAUACAUUCAGCCACAGAGCUGUUGAUGGUUCAGUGCGUGACAACCUGAGCUAUGAUAGCGGGUCCGACGAAGAUAUGGAUGUCCAACCAACUCCCAGUCAGCAUAGCGGUCUCGUCGGCGGUAAUCGGAUUCUCCAGACCCUCGAGGACUCGGAUGAACCUUCAGACAAUGCUAUAAUACAGGGUGGUCCAGGCCCCCUGACAACUCCCGAGUUCUUACAGUUUGCUCUCCUCGAGGCGCUCGGUGGAGAUAUCCCAGAAGCGGAGGAAUACUUUGGCGAAUAUGCCCUCGAUGAAGACACGGACGGUCUCUUCAUGGUUGACGCGGCAGGAGACUCUUCCGAUGACGACAUGUCACCCGCAGGGGCAGUGUACCAGGUCCUUGACCCUCCAAUGAACGCAAACUUCCCAAUUCUACACUUCUCACAAACCGACAUCCGCCUCAUCCCCCAUCCCUUUGCCCCCCACGCAAGCGUCGUCUGUGGCGAACCCCUCCGACAACCCUUCACCCACCCCAUCACCUCCAUCCGGGCCUGCGAUCGCUUCAAUAUGGUCAAAUACAUCCCCGAACACGGCAUCGUCGUCGCAGCCUCCCAGAAAGGCCGCGCCGCCAUCAUCGCCCUGACCGAAUCCAAAGACACCGGCCUCACCUUCCGCCUGGACUGGGUCGUCCCCUUCGAAAGCCAAGAGAAGUACGGCGACCGUCCGCUGAUCCCCCUACUCGGCAUGAGCGUCAGCCCCAUCCAGGGCUUUGAGAUGCCCCCAGACGUGCCGUAUAUUCCGCGCGCCGUGAGCGACAGCAACCUGUCAUUCCACUACAGACCUACCACCGAAGGCGAUACCUCCAGUCAGAGUGGCUCCUCGGCGCAUCGUCCAGGUGACGAUGCCAACGUGUCAUCUGAGCUCGGUGAUCGCAGCGAUUCCAGCCCCUCCACGCCGGUGCUCAAUCCCCGCGACGGGUCCUUGUCCGACACAGCACAACAGCCGCCGCUCACGCUGCCGGAGUGUCAUGCCAAAGCCACGCGUGCCUACCAACCCGAGGAGCGCUGGCGCGGUUGGAAUCCGUCUCGUCGGUACCGUCUGCUUCUCAUGUAUGCGGAUCAUACUGUCAUGAGCUACGAGUUCUGGUACAAUUGGAGUACUACUGAAACUUCCGCGGAUGAAAGCGAGGACGACUAUCUUGUUGUCUAG